AAAAGUUAUGAGCGUGUAAAGUUUGACACUUUUAGUGCAUUUGCUACGUUACUGCGACGCCAUAUUGGCUUCUUGUCCAAUGAACGGUGUCGCUAGCAGCAGACUGAACCACGUGGGUGACGACCGUUUUAGCGGGCGAAAUCAAAUGUUUUAGUACAUUUGUUUUGCAGAUGUUACACUUUUUAUCUUUUCAAUUGUUUUGCAGCCUACAGUUCAAAGGAAGAGGCAAUUACUUGGGCGCAAAACCAAGGCUUAUUACGCACAAGUAAGAUGUGUCCCAAACACCGCAAGCCCAUGAAAUUGUACCGGGAAACCGAACAUGGACUUGGUCGGUUUCGGUGUCCAGCAUAUCCCGGGGGCCGUAAAUGCAAACAAUACGCAGCCACGGUAGAUUCAUUUUUUGAGGACAUUCGCUUGCCUUUACAUAAAGCGAUCACACUGAUUUACUGCUUCACACGUGAUUUCUCGUAUGAUUAUACGGCACACGAAUUGGCCGAUUUCGCGCUGGGGGAGGAAGCUACCACGACGUCGCCCUCGACAAUAGCGGCGUGGUAUCAUUAUUGCCGCGAAAUGAUAACCGACCAAUUUAUAAAAAUUCAAGCGGGUCAACCGAAAUUGGGUGGUAUCUCGGAGUCUGGUUCUCCGAUCGUUGUUCAGAUUGACGAAGCAAAGUUCGGGAAGCGUAAAUACAAUCGCGGUCGUGUAGUGGAAGGACACUGGGUUCUGGGGAUUGUCGACACCGAAACAAAUGAUUGCAGAAUGAUAGUUGUCGCAAAUCGUGAAGCCCAGACAUUAAUAUCCAUUAUAAAAGAGCAUGUCGCUAUGGGCAGCGAAAUCCAUACUGACAGUUUCAAAAGUUACGCGGGGCUAGCUGCAGAGGGCUUCGUACAUAGAACAGUGAAUCAUAGCAUCGAGUUUGUGAGUACUGACGGAACUCACACGCAAAAAAUUGAAUCCACUUGGCGGCCGGCAAAAGAUUGGAUGAGAGGAAGGGGGCGAUUUCAUGAUAGCGAAUUUGCCGACCGCUUAUGUGAAUAUUUGUGGAGGCGGUUUUGUCGUCACCAUAAAGUAGAUUUAUUUGGUUCUAUGAUUGAGGCGAUUCGAAGCCAGUAUGUUUUCAAAUAAGAUACGUGUAACUUCUAAACCGCUGCAUUCCGACAAUUACAACUUGCAUUUUUGGAUUUCGCGUAUAAAAAGCUAUUAAAGUCAAAAAAAAAAACAAUCAUAUUUUUGUGUCCCCUAAAACGUAGUUCAAC